CGGCCCAGAGCGGCUGUCAGCGGUGGAUGAGAGAGAGAUUAUCCUCCUUUAACUGCGACUCGGUGUUAACGGGCAGCGGGACGCCGUUUGUGACACGACAUGGGAAACGCCGACACCAAACUUCACUUCAGGAAAGCGGUGAUUCAGCUCACAACCAAAACACAGCCGGUAGAGGCCACAGACGAUGCCUUCUGGGAUCAGUUCUGGGCCGACUCCACCACCACCGUCCAGGACGUUUUCGCUCUGGUGCCGGCGGCAGAGAUCCGAGCUGUGAGAGAGGAGUCUCCGUCCAACCUGGCAACCCUCUGCUACAAGGCAGUGGAGAGGCUGGUCCAGGGUGCAGACUCCGGCUGUCCCUCAGAGAGAGAGCGUCAGAUUGUCCUGAACUGCACCCGCCUGCUCACCCGCAUCCUGCCCUACAUCUUCGAGGACGCUGACUGGAGGGGCUUCUUCUGGUCCACCGUGCCCGGAGCUGGCAGAGCGGGGCGAUUAGACGAAGAUGGCGAGGAUAAUGAAGCGCGGCCGCUGGCUGAGUCCCUGCUGCUGGCCAUCGCUGACCUGCUCUUCUGUCCAGACUUCACCGCUCAGAGCCACAAGAAGAACAGCCCCGUCACAGCCGAGGACAUCCGAUCCAUCGACAGCUGCGAGUACAUCUGGGAGGCCGGGGUGGGCUUCGCUCAUUCACCUCCUCUCAACUACACCCACGACAUCAACAGGAGCGAGCUGCUGAAGCUGCUCCUCACCUGUCUCUCUGAGGCCAUGUACCUUCCUCCGUGCUCUGACAGCAGGAACCUCAAUCCCUGGGUCGCCUUCUUCUGCUCCACAGAAAACAGACACGCCCUGCCUCUGUUCACCUCCCUGCUCAACGUGGUGUGUGCCUACGACCCCGCCGGGUACGGCAUCCCGUACAACCACCUGCUGUUCUCGGACUACCGGGAGCAGCUGGUGGAGCAGGCGCUCCAGAUCCUCAUCGUCACCCUGGAGCACGAGGCCGGCUCGGCAGCCAGCGCCGCCCUCCAGGCCCUGGACACCUCCGCACCCCCCUCCGCCGGGGACCAGCAGGAGCCAGCUGGACCUGAUAACCUCUUUGUGAAUUAUCUCUCCAGGAUACACAGAGAAGAGGACUUGAGCUUCAUCCUGAAAGGUCUGUCUCGGCUGAUGAACAACCCUCUGGUUCAAACCUACCUGCCUCACUCCAACAAGAAGAUCCAGUUCCACCAGGAGCUGCUGAUCCUCUUCUGGAAGUUCUGUGACUUCAACAAGAAGUUCCUGUUUUUCGUGCUGAAGAGCAGCGACGUGUUGGACGUGCUGGUUCCCAUCCUCUUCAGCCUGAACGAAGCCAGAACAGAUCAGUCUCGCGUGGGCCUCAUGCACAUCGGCGUGUUCAUCCUCCUGCUGCUGAGUGGAGAGAGGAACUUUGGUGUCCGUCUGAACAAGCCAUACACCCUCCGCGUCCCGAUGGACAUCCCUGUCUUCACAGGAACCCACGCUGACCUGCUCAUUGUGAUCUUCCACAAGAUCAUGACCAGUGGACACCAGCGCCUGCAGCCUCUCUUUGACUGCCUGCUCACAAUAAUAGUCAACAUUUCACCUUACCUGAAGAGUCUGUCCAUGGUGGCGGCCAACAAGCUGCUCCACCUCCUGGAGGCCUUCACCACCCCCUGGUUCCUCUUGUCCUCCCCCCAGAACCACCACCUGGUCUUCUUCCUGCUGGAGGUCUUCAACAACAUCAUCCAGUAUCAGUUUGACGGCAACUUCAACCUCGUGUACGCCAUCAUCCGAAAGCGCAACGUUUUCCACCAGUUGGCCAACCUGCCGUCCGACGCGGCGUCUAUUCAGAGGGCGCUGCAGAGGAAGAAGCCUGGGAUUUCCAGGAGCACCUCUACGGAGACCGUUUCCACGGAGGCGUCCAGAUCUUCUGUACCUGCUGAGCCCGGCACGCUCAAAGCCAGCUUAGAGGCCUCUCCAGUUUUUCUCUUGCGUCCUUUAGGAAUCGAUAAGAUAACGGAGAAGACCCAGGUGAGCGUGGACGGCACCAUGGUUGCCGUGCCUCAUCCCGACUCUCCGCAGAAGUCCGCCGACAACGGCGCCGCAGCCGGAGCCAGCGACACGGAGUCCAACUCGGAGAGAGACCUCGAGAUCUCCCGCACAGAGUCGGAGGCGGCGAGGAGUCGGCUGUCAAGUGUGUCGUCCUCCGCGGCGUCCUGGAGCGCCAGUACAGACUGGGUGACGUCAUGGAAGGUGAAACUCCCUCUGCAGACCAUCAUGAGACUGUUACAAGUUCUGGUCCCUCAGGUGGAGAAGAUCUGCAUCGACAAGGGUUUGACAGACGAGUCCGAAAUCCUGAAGUUCCUCCAGCACGGCACGCUGGUCGGCCUGCUGCCCGUCCCUCAUCCCAUCCUCAUCAGGAAGUACCAGGCCAACGCCGGCACGGCCAUGUGGUUCCGCACCUACAUGUGGGGAGUCAUCUACUUACGCAACGUGGAUCCUCCAAUCUGGUACGACACGGACAUACGGCUCUUUGAGAUCCAGAGGGUUUAGAGCGGCUGUCGAAGGCGUCCAGCUGAAUCUGUUCUCUCUUCACCCGCUCGCCAACAACUGGGAUCCGCUGGUUUCAGCUUCCUCACAGCUGAACACUCUCUGGUGGUAUUUCAAGACAACACACGGAUGAUAAUCUUGUACUUCUUUCUUCCGGACAACUUUCAAAGUUCAGAGAGAAAAAGAAGAAUGUCUAAAUGUGUCAAAACAUCAGUUACUGUGUAUCACAUACAAUAUGUAUAAUGAGCAAUGCCAAAUGGUCAUUAAAUUUGACUUAAUCAUUAA